AUGGCUGACGAUGAUUACGAGUUCACCAUUGCGAAAUUCCUCAAGGAACAAAAACACUUGCUCGCCCUUGAACGGGAACGUUUCGAAGCGGAAAAAAUAAAAGUGUUGGAACCGGAGGUGGAUUUGGUUCAUACCAACGAAGAAAGUGUGAAACAAUCGAAGGAUCAGCUUAACCAAAUAGUUCAAAGUGAAGGUAAUUUACAAGAAAGCCCAUUGAAGCGUGACGAUGCCGCGUCCGGGCAGUGUCCAGUCGAGAACUUGCUACUAAAGGUGAACUCCAAUAGCCAGACUCAGCUAUCAGAUGCUGCCGUAAGCCCAGCCGGUGCUGACGGUCAUCGUCGGCUAAGAAAACCGUUGAAUACGCCUACGGGAUCCCCGCAGUGUGAAUUCACCACGCCGGAACGGCAACAGGAUGAAAUGGAACAGUGGGUUUCGGACAGCUUCUAUUCGUAUUUUCCUAGCUUCAACAAAAAACAGAACGAGAAGAAAUCGAUGCUUUCCCGCGCCCGCCAAGCUGACUAUCAAGAAUAUCUGAAAAAUGUAAAUCAUAUUGCUGAUGUGAUCCCUCAAGUAAUGUCCAAGCACCAGCAGUACGUUGAAAAGUACGGUCAUCAAGCCGUCCAGUCGCCCAAUGAAAAAGGCACCAACACUUCCAGCCCUAACCAACAAGGCAACCACAACAACAGCAACAUCAGUACCGGCAAAUCUUAUCUCAGUCCACCGUCCAACUUCAGCCCGAGCCAGAUACCGACCAUUAGGAAAACGCUAGCCAGCGACCAGUCCGCCGGCACGUACAUGCGCAAAGGUAGCCCGCGGGAAAAGUUAAUCAGUGAUUUGACCCAUACUGACCUGUCCACCAUUCUCAAUACAGACACCAUUGACAGGCGAAACCGGAUGCUGGCGGAAGAGGAGAGCCGAAGAAAAUUGGAAUAUCAAAAGGAGCUUAUCAAGCAGAUCGAGGAAAAGCGGAAGGAGGUUGAAAGGCUGAGGGAAAAAGAAAAGUUGGAAGAAGAGAUGCUUACCAGUCGCUUGGAGCAACAGCUUAAAACAAUGCAGCUGGAAGAAGAACUUGAACGAGAGAAGAUUCGUAGUGAAAAGGUUCGGGUUGCCAAUGAACAGAAUCACAUUCGACGGUUACAGCUGCUCUCAAAAUUAGAAAACGACCACAAAGUGUUCAAUCCACACGACGAGCACCGGAAGACGUUGUCCGAAAACGGAAAGGAAGUUUACAUUGACCAACAUCAGCAGCAGCAGCAGAAAGCGGCAGCAAAAGAUAAAGUCUACCGUUACUUUAGCAAUUCGGCACAAAACGAUAAACCGUCCAGCUUUGCAUCUUCCAGUAUUUCUUCCGAGCUGGAUUAUGAUUCUUCCAGUGAGUCUCUGCGACCUUACGAGCGAUAUCAGUAUUGCAAAAAGUGCCGUGGUGACAUCGAUCGAUCGUUUCUACCUCGAACUGGACCGAGUCACAGUCGUCAUCAUGGUCAUAAACACCAGCAGCAAGAGCAGCAACAUCGGGGGACACCUAAAAUGACUCGCAAGGAAGAACACUGCGUCAACUGCCACAAUCGGAUUGAGAAAUUAUGCGCGAAGUGUGAUCGCGUGUUAAAACGUUCGCUAAAGCAAAACCUCUGCACGAUUUGCCAGCAGGCACUGGAAAACAGCCGUGCUCAAAAGGAAGCACAAUCCGAACUAAGAAGACAACGCAGUAAAUUGCUUCGCUCGAUGGAAAAAUUGGACGAUUUUUACGACGAUCAACCUACGUUGGAGGUCGAGAAUCCUCCGCAUCCUGCUUCCACCUCACCUCCAAACCCGUACAAAAUCAUCGACAUUCAAUACCACGAAAGCGACAAUGAUCAUGAUCUAGCCGUGCUAAAUCCGGUGAUCGUCCGGAACAACUACAAAAAACCCUUCUCACUUAACAUUGAAAAGGACUCGAUCUUCCAUCCCAGCAAAAAGACACCGGAACCCAAAGUGUCCGUUAACAUCCGUAACGGUGAAGUUUUCGUGGAUAAUAAACUGAACCCAUCGGCCGGCAAACGUCCCUCAAGUCCACCGGCGGAACUCGGCCGCGACGAUACCGACGAUAUUACCACCGACGAAAUGGACGAACGUAUUUCCAAAUAUGUGAAGCAUUACAAUACCCUCUGGAUGAAGCGUGGCAUGCGCAAAAAUAAUCUCAUCUCGCAGAAAAACGCACAAAUUCCACCGUUGCAGGAACCGUUGCAGGGCAAGCCGCUGCUGCCUUCGCUUUCGCCACCGAAAGUGUACGUCAGCGAUCGGGCAGACAACCUCAAGAGCGACGCCAUGAAAAUCACCGAAAAAAAGUGGGAUAUUCCUGCCGUAGAACGGAUUAAGAUAUCCCCCGGUUCGCCGCGCGUACUUACUCAGCUUGGAGCCAUCCGAAAACAACUGCAACUUGAACAACUAGAAGCGGAUAAGACCUUUGAUAAAGGCUACUAAAAACUACUUUAGGACAACAAUCAAACUAGACUGG